UUAUUUAGAGGUUAGGGUGAUCUUCCAACGUCGGUGUGUUGUGUGUGUUUCGUGCGGGUUACUUAUGUGUAAACACCAUACAAUUGCUUUGAUGUUACACCCUUCCCCGUAUUUUUUAUUCCUGAAACGUGUUGAAUUUCAUACCUUUGACUACGACGUAUGUAACCUGAAAUAAAGUCACCGCGAUAGUCCUUCUUUCACGGUUAUUUUGUUUGUUUUUGCCGCAAUUCUCAUGGAAGACACUAAUAUGGCAUGACUGUCAUUUCCCCUCUUUCGCAACCUGUUUUUUACAUAUUUUAAUAUUUUUACGUUGAAUUUUUAUCAAUUUUGACUGUUUUAUUCAACUGAGCUUAGCCAUGAAGCCGGCUAAGCUUAUUAGUUGGGCAAGUCUCUCCGACACCCUCACGGCCAAAGCGGGAAUGGAUGGAUCACUUGAUGACAUCGGGCGAACAGAACCUGAUCAAAAAGUUUUUGCCUGUUACCAGAUUGAUUAUGUCAGGAAAUGUCUCGAAGAAUGGAUGCAGCACCUCCUGGAAGAUGGCGCAGGUUCUAAAUCCCGACAAAAGUCAAGAGAAAGCAGAAUGCAGGGAAACACUAAUUUCACAAAAUCUCACAAGUUCUUGUUUCUUGAGGCCUUGCGACUUUACAAUAAAAGCAUUAUUGAAGCUCCGCACAAAAGUGAAGAACUCUCAAUUGCUUUGGGCAAUCGCUCUGCCAUCCUGUUUGAACUGAAGAACUAUGAGAAAUGUUUAACCGAUAUAAACUUAGCAUUGGAAAAUGGAUAUCCGGUGAAACUUGCCUAUAAACUUAUGAUGCGGAAAGGAAAAUGUUUAUUCUACCUUAAGAAGUAUUCAGAAGCCAUAGAUGUCCUAGAGGCUACAAAAAAAGACAUUGAUGCCUUGAGCCAUAUACCAAGUGACAGAAAAGCAAAAUUAAUACAAGAUAUAGAAACUGGUAUUAAAACGGCAGAGUCCUUGAGUAAAAUUACAUCAAUGAAACCCGAGAAACUUGUGCCUCGCUGUGUUGCUGAUCUUGUGCCGUAUGUCGCCUCCGCAGUUCAUCCCACUUUCCCCUCUGCUUCAGAUCUUCUGUCUCUGCAGCAUUCUGAAGAGAAAGGGAAACAUGUCAUUGCUGAAAAAGACAUUAAAAUGGGUGAUGUCCUAUUUGUGGAGAAGCCGUACUCCCAUGUGUUACUGCAAGAACAUUACGAGUCACAUUGUCACAAUUGUUGUGACAUGCUAACUGUACCCAUACCGUGUUGGCAUUGCACUUACGCUAUUUUCUGUUCACUUGAGUGUCAAAAGGAAGCUUGGGAAAGUUACCACAAGUGGGAAUGUGCCAAAGCACUGAGAAUUUUUCACUCUAUCGGUAUCGCUCACCUUGCCAUUCGAGUUUUAUUGAAAGCGUCCUCCGAUUCGUCAACUGAAAAUGAGGAGAAAUACAAACGGGUCAAUGAUUUGGUGACGCAUUUUGACAAAUUUUCUGACCGCGACAUGUUUCAAUACACCCUGAUUGCCACUCUUCUCCUGAUUUAUCUCGAGAAGAAAACUGAUUUCUUUCAAACCACUAAUUACACAAGGGAGAAAGACUUUGCCAAAGUUGGAUAUCUUCUUUUGAGACAUGUUGUCCAGUUAAUUUGUAAUGGGCAUGCAAUAACUGCCAUCCAUAGUGUUUGUACAGAUGAAGAAAAUCCUGCUGUUACAAUUCAAAAACCUGUCAGAAUAGCCACAGCCAUUUUCCCUUCGGCUAGUAUGAUGAACCAUUCUUGCGAUCCAAACAUCAGCAACAGUUUUUUCAAAGACAUUCUCAUUGUGAAAGCUAUAAAAGACAUACCAAAAGGCUCAGAAGUUUACAAUUGUUAUGGGCCUGAUUUUCGGAGGAUGCAUGUCAAAUAUCGGAAGGAGCUAUUGUUGGACCAAUACCAUUUUGAAUGCAACUGUGAACCAUGUCAGACCGACACGGAAGAAGUUUCAUUUUUAGACAGAUUUUAUGAAGGCUACUUGUGUAUCAAGUGUGGUGGGCUCUCAAUCCCUACCAACGAUUCUCUAAUUGGAAAAUGCACCAGCUGCCAGAGCGAGCAAAACUGCACUAAGCUCCAUCAGUUGCACAUCAAGGCUGAGGGCUUGUAUCAAAAAGGAUGUGAAUUCAUGAAACAUAAAGAAACAGAAACAUCUAUUAAACUAGCAUUAGAGUGUCUCCUCGAUGCCUACUCUUUGUACAUCCGGUGCCAUUACAAGUAUCAUCGAGAUAUCACGGAGUGUGCUGAUCAAAUCUCUCGCUGUUACGCUAUCCUAGGCGAUUGUGAUAAAAGUAUUCUCUACUUAGAGAAAACGUUGCCAGCGGUGAAAGAGCAGUUUGGUCCUAUCAGCAUUGAGUAUGGUCAUGAAUUGCAGAAACUAUCAGAUAUCAUGAUUUGUGACUUACAGAAACUCAACGGAACCCACUCCCAGUUCAAAGAGAAGGUGGUUAAAACGCAAGAUACGCUUAAAGAAUUGAAAAUAAUAUUUGACAUCCAUUAUGGUCUGUGGAAUCAACAAUAUAGAGAUCUUGUAGAUAAAGAAGUGGAACUCUUAAAUAUUAUUCAUGCCUUAGAAUUGUUGUGUAUAUCUCCUUCAGAAAGUGUCAAUAAUUCUAGCUCAUGAAAUGCUAUUUCAGAAAUCGUUUCAAUUUUUUGUAUAGUCGAAUAACUUUUAAUAGAAUAAAAGUGGUAAAUGAUUUAUACUUCAGAUUCAUUUACUAUUAUGUAUAUUUUCAACUCCUUAAUGUUAUCCAUCUUUCUAAAUAUUGCCUCCAAUAACCCUCAUGUUUGAAAAAAGAAGAAAGCGAAUGUGAACUUUUUUCUUGCAAGUUGCUCUAAAUUUUACAUGUAUGACAGUCAUUCAUACUUUUUAUACAGCCUUACAUUGUUUACUUAUCUCCUUAUAUUAAGGGCAUGAACUAUUCAUUCAAGGAUUAUGAAUUUAAACUCCUUGUAACUGAAGGAAAGGAGUGAAUAAAUUUUUUUUUAUGAA